AUGGCGACUACCAAUCCGGACAUAGACAAUGCUGUGGCCCAGCAAAACCCACCCCCUGACAGGUAUGCACAAGAGGCUAAGCCGGUAUUCAAAAAGACAGAACGAUGGAACCAUCCCAGGUCCAAUAUAUUCAAGACAGCGGCUACAUUCUGGAGUUUUCUGGUGAUGGGAGCGAAUGAUGCCGCGUAUGGGCCGUUGAUUCCAUAUCUCGAGGAAUAUUAUAACCUGUCCUAUACUAUUGUCUCUCUAGUUUUCCUGUCACCCCUCGGUGGCUAUACCCUGGCUGCCCUACUCAAUAACAAAAUCCAUACAACGCUUGGCCGCCGUGGAGUGGCCUGGAUUUCCCCAGGGUGUCAUUUACUGGCAUACAUUGUCAAUUGCGUCCAUCCUCCAUACCCAGUACUAGUAGUAUCCUUCAUAUUCGCAGGUUUUGGAAAUGGGUUGGCCGACUCAGCUUGGAACGCUUGGAUUGGUAACAUGGCUAAUGCCAAUGAGCUCCUGGGACUCUUGCACGGACUAUAUGGUGUAGGUGCAGUCCUGAGCCCACUGGUAGCGACUUCUUUAAUUACCGAGCAAAAGUGCCCUGGUAUUAUUUCUACUAUAUCAUGGUAUGUCGUUAUCUCAGAUGCGUCGAGACUCUCGCUAAUACAACAGCGACCCAGAUUGGCUGUGCCGCUAUCGAGCUCGCCUUUUGUCUUUUUGUCUUUUGGGACUCCACAGCAGCAGCUACGGGAGGCUACCCCCCAGGAGGAUGGCUCUGGUGGAGGCCUGCGUGAAGCCCUCUUCACGAAGCCAUCCGCCCGGGUCACCUGGAUUUGCGCAUUUUUCCUCCUCGGGUAUGUCGGGAUCGAGGUGGCUUUGGGCGGAUGGAUCGUCACGUUCAUGAUGCGAGUACGACAUGGAGCGGACUUUGCGAGCGGGAUGGUUGCUACGGGGUUCUGGUUAGGCAUUGCCUGCGGUCGAGUGGUACUCGGUUUCAUCACACCGCGAAUCGGGGAAAAGAUGGCCAUAGUUGUGUACUCCCUGUUCGCAAUAGCCUGUGGGCUCAUCUUGUGGCUUGUGCCUAAUUUCUAUGCAUCUGCCGUGGCGGUUUCGUUCCAGGGAUUCUUUCUCGGUCCCUUCUUCCCUGCUGCUGUCAUCGUUGCCACCAAAUUGCUCCCACGAUCAUUACAUGUCAGUGCUAUUGGCUUUGCGGCGGCAUUCGGAGGAGGCGGAGCCGCCGUGCUGCCCUUCGUAGUGGGCGCCAUUGCGCAGGCUCGAGGCGUGCAGGUCUUGCAGCCGUUUAUUAUUGGUCUCUCUGCUGGGAUUUUGUUGUUAUGGUUGGGGCUCCCACGGUUACCAAAGAAAGUUGAUGAAGAGCAGCAUGGGACUUCAGACGUAUAG